GAGGGGGAGCCGGAGCAGGUAAAGGUGUGCGUAUGUUCGUGUGUUUAUGAAUGUGGGGGACACAGGAAGGGGUGACGGCGUGAAGAAGAGACGGAGAGGGGUGAAAGGAGGACAAAGGACGCGACUGAGAGCAGGAAGAGCUGGAAGGAAAGAAGGGAAAAAGAGAAGAAGGAAGGAUGUCUGAGAGGAUAUCUUCGUGUGGGAGCCUGUAUGACAGCACCAACCUGCUGCUACAGUACUGCAACAACGAUGACACGGUGUCAGCCAGCAGUAACAUGGACAUGGAGGACCGGGUUUCCCACCUGGAACAGAAGCUGCAGCUGCAGGAGGACGAGAUCCAGCUGUUGAAGGCAGCUCUGGCUGACGCUCUGCGCCGACUGGGCUACUGUGAGGAGCAGAGCCUGGUCAUGCAACCUGGAGGCGUCCAUGCUGCUGGGAGGAGACCACUGGCCACCACAGCUUCAGCACCGCCUACCAAGGGUAAGAAAGUGCGUCAGCUCCUGCAAGCUCUUCCCUCCAGACCUCUGAGUAAUGGCUACAUUCAACAGAAACGCCUCCUCUCGUCCCCUUCCUCUCCUAAGAAGGAGGUGCUACAGUCCAUUAAGAGGAAGAGUAUGUCCACAGAACGUCUCACCCUGGUGAGGAGAGAGAUGGGAGCGGAAAGUCGGAGUCGAACCACCUCUUCCAGCAGCUCCUCCGGAGGCAAAAGCAAAUCCAAAGAAUGCACCUUUAAUGCAGAGGACGGCUACGUGAGGAUGUUCCUCCGAGGUCGUCCUGUCACCAUGCACAUCCCUGACCAGCAGAGGGAGAGCUACAGCCUUGACCAGAAGGUGGCCCUACCUGACCGCAAGCUUAAACUGCAGUGGGUGUAUGGCUACCGUGGACGUGACUGCCGCUCCAACCUCUACCUGCUGCCCACAGGAGAGAUUGUCUACUUCAACGCCUCUGUGGUGGUGCUGUACAACACCGAGGAGCAGCAGCAGAGACACUACCUGGGCCACAAUGACGAUGUUAAAUGCUUGAGUGUUCAUCCUGACAUGGUCACCAUAGCAACAGGGCAAGUGGCUGGAAACUCUAAAGAUGGAAAGCUGCUGGCUCCUCAUGUUCGUGUUUGGGACUCUGUGAGCCUCAACACGCUCCAUGUGAUCGGGAUGGGAGUGUUUGACAGAGCGGUCACCUGUGUGGCUUUCUCUAAGUCGAAUGGCGGCAACUUCCUCUGCGCUGUGGACGACGCCAAUGAUCACAUCCUGUCAGUCUGGAACUGGCAGAAGGAGAAGCAACUUGCUGAUGUCAAGUGCUCCAAUGACUCUGUACUGGGCGCUGUGUUUCAUCCCAUGGAUGCCAACCUGAUUGUCACUUGUGGAAAAUCUCACAUCAACUUCUGGACCAUGGAGGGCAACACUCUCACUAAGAAACAGGGCCUGUUCGAGAAACAUGAGAAGCCAAAGUAUGUGUUGUGUGUGGCAUUUGCUGAGAAUGGAGAUGCCAUCACAGGAGACUCCAGUGGAAACAUCUAUGUCUGGGCCAAAGGUGGGAACCGCAUCAGCCAGAUGGUGUCGGGGGCUCAUGAGGGAGGGAUUUUCUCUGUUUGUGUCCUGAAGGACGGCACCAUGGUGUCUGGAGGAGGGAAGGACCGCAAGGUGGUGCUGUGGGACCACGACUACAGAAAACAGGCGGAGAUGGAGGUGGGCGAGUCGCUCGGUCCUGUGCGGGCUCUGGCUGAAGGUAAACCUGGAGAGCUCUUCGUAGGAACCACUAAGAAUGCCAUCAUCAGAGCCGCCUUCCCUGAUACAUUAACUCCUAUUGUACAGGGUCACACAGAUGAGCUGUGGGGUCUGGACAUCCAUCCCUCCAUGGAGCAGUUUGUCACCUGUUCCCAGGACAAACAGGUUCAUCUGUGGGACACUAUCUCCCAUCAGCCCCUCUGGAGCAAGACCAUCGAGGAUCCAGGGAGGUCUGUAGGUUUCCAUCCCAGUGGGGCUGUUCUGGCUGUGGGGACCAUGACUGGAAGGUGGUUGGUGCUGGACGCUGACACCCGGGAUCUUGUUUCUAUGCACACUGACGGCAAUGAGAUCAUUUCCAAUGUCAAGUACUCUCCAGACGGUAACUUCCUGGCUGUUGCUUCCCAUGACAACUUUGUUUACAUCUAUGCUGUGACGGAGAAUGGCCGCAAGUACAGCCGUGUGGGGAAAUGCACUGGCCACUCCAGCUUUGUCACCCAUCUGGACUGGUCUGCAGACAGUCAGUACCUCGUUACCAACUCAGGAGACUACGAGAUCCUCUUCUGGGAGGCAUCCAGUGGUAAACAUGUGACCAACAUGGACACAGUGCGCAACCUGGAGUGGGCCACUUCCACCUGCACUCUGAGCUUCAACACCUUUGGAAUCUGGCCAGAUGGAGCAGACGGCACAGACAUCAACGCCGUGUGCAGGUCACAUGACGGAUCCCUGCUGGCCUCUGCUGAUGACUUUGGCAAAGUGCACUUGUUCACCUUCCCCUGCUCUCAACCAAGGGCUCCGAGCCACGAGUAUGGUGGCCACAGCAGUCACGUGACCAACGUUGCCUUCCUGCACGAUGACAGUCACCUGAUCUCCACUGGUGGGAAAGACACCAGCGUCCUGCAGUGGGUGGUCUAGGCAAUGCUGUCCACCCACAUCUCUAAUCCCCCACAAGUGGGGACCAGCAUCUUUUCUGACGCCUGUCACCUCUUCACUGUUUUAUCCUCCUGCCACCAGGGGGCAGUAUCUCCACUGUGCCUACUGGAAACACACACACACACACACACACACACACACACACACACACAUACAUACAUACAUACAUACAUACACAUAUACAACUUGACCCAUAGAUGUCACACCGGAUGAGAUGACGAGUAUCAUUGUAAUAAAUGAAAUAUUUAGUGUCCUGCUGUUUGUAAUAGAAGAGAAAGUAGUAGAGAAAAUGACUUGUUGCCAUGCAGGAAGUGAACUGUUCCCAAAAAAAUCUAUCAAUCAACUACUGCAACACCAACCCAGCCUGAAGCUGCUGGUGGUGACGAAACAGUUAACCUGUGAUCUAGCAUUAGUACUAAUUGUGCCUAAACUGUAUCUUAACCCCCUUUAAUGGAAGAUCCACCUGCUUUAAAGGGAAAGUGUGUUUGCAAGUUUUAGUUCCUUAUUUACAAAUAAUGUACACUUUACAGUUGUGCUGACCAGUUUUGAAUGCAUGCUGUACAGUUAUGGUUAGGGUGAUAUUCAGAUUUUAGUAUUCUAUAUUAGGAUAUGUUUCUUACUCUUCCAAGCAGCUUUGGUUUCCAUAAAGUAUGAAAAUCAGUUUGCAGACUCUUAAAACUUGCGUAAGGUUAAUUGGUUAAUGUAAUACAGACUUCUCAAAUCAUUCUACACUAGAUCAGCUUCACCACUCAACAAGAAUGUGAGAUUGACAGAGAAUUAUGUAGAACUGAGAUUCACUGUAGUUGAUUCCAUCCAUUAUCUGUCACUGACAAUCUGGUGAUUGUUGCAAAUCUGAUCAAAACCACAUUUGGAGGUGAUUUGAAGUGCAAUUCCAAUCGGCUUUCUUCAGAUGCGUCUCAGUCCAGACACUCUGUCCGUUCAAAUCACAACACACAAUGACGACGUCAAAGGCCGAGUGUCAGACGUGCUAAACAGAUCUGUGCUGCUACUAGCAGAGCACUAAAGAGGAAAACAUGAGGAACAACAGUCUGUGGACAGACACCAAAGUAAAGUGUUUGGAGGGCGAAAUAAUGCCUGACCACUACAGCACUUGUAAUGUAUUACCCAGAAAAAUAUUUUCUAAUAGAUUUUCAUUCCAUACCAAAUGUAUGGAAACCAAUGGAUUGAGAAGACUGAAGAUAAAUAUACUUGACUAUCUAAAACAGCAGCUGGGUUUGCAAAAUGGUGAGCUGUGAUGUAAAGUAUACAUGAUUUGAAAUAACAGGGUUAAAACCAUGUGUAAAAUCACAUUGCUCUUUAAGAAUUCAUGUCAUUUCUGCACCCCAGGUGAGCGCAACAGAUUCUUGUGAGUAUGCACUGCUCAUUCUUAAAGCCGUAAGUCAGUGUUUCUGUCAAUUAGGCUUUAGCUUUAUGAAAAAGUAAUGCAUGUUUAGAAGAAGUGACUGAGCUGUCCUGGGGCAAAGGAAGAUUGUAUUAGAAUUCCUAAAAUGGGUGGUAUUCCCCUCUAAAAAUCCUACUAUAACCCCAUUGCCUUGUUAUCUUCCACUAUUCCAUCCCUCAGCCUGAUUUACAAACUCUUCUGGUGCAGUAUUACAGAUUGCUGUUGGCAACUGUAAAAGGUACAGAGUGGCUGCUCUGUGCGGAGCCUCUCAUUUCGCCCCUGCUGUGUUUCUGAUUGUACUACUACUGUAUCUAUCACUAGAUGGCACUGCAAUGCAAGAGAAUGAGCAUGACCGAGGCUGUCCUCCUGUAGAUGCUGUUAAUGUUGCAAAGGUCUAUAGAGUAAAUUUAUAUAUUAUGCAUUAUAUCCGAGUGGCUGUGUUAUUUUAAUAUUUAAUUGUAACAAUGAUGGAUGUUGUUAUUAAUAUUAUUGUGGCACUUUUAGCGAUUGACAGAAGGGUAAUGUAGUUCUGCUGUGCUGUGAAAGUGAGCUUGAGCUGUGCUUUGCCUUCUUCUGUUUUGUUAAUAAAGUUUUUACCCAGGUACCACUGA